AUGUCUGUUACAGCGAUCUUACAUAUCGUAAAGGUCGAAAUGCAGGGUCCAUCAAGAGAUUCUUCGGCGGCCGUUGCCUCACCACCACUCGCAACACCACCCUUUGCACGUAGGCUCGUCGUCGGCUUCAUGCGCCACGACAGCAGCGAACAGCAUGCUUUCACCGUGAAACAGCCUCUGGACAAACCAGUGCACGGGAACUUUCAGCGCUACUACCACAUCCGCAAUCCCGCCGGUCUAGACGCUUCCGCCAGCACCGCCGACGUCCAUCCUGCGCUGGCUCUGGAUAGCCGUGUGGCCGCCAUCCUCAGAUAUCUCUCCUCCCUGCCUAAAGGCUUGCAGUCUGUCACAAAUGCAUUGGAUAUAGGAUGCAACACAGGUAAGCUCACCAUUCUUCUGGCGCAGACGUUGGCACGGCAAGAACCAUCGGGAGAGCUGCGACCGAUCUGCGUCACGGGCGUCGACAUCGAUCCGACGUUGAUCAGCCAAGCGAGAGAGGCUGCGGCAAGAGCUCGCUCGCUUCACCGACCCGACGAAGAGCUCCAAGGCGCACAGCCAGAGACGUCAAGCCAGCCACCCAGUGCGGCACAACCACACCUGCCGGUCGACGCGGCAUUCUUCCCCUCGGUCUUUCCGCUCCUGUUCGGCGCAGUUCCAGCUCCUCGCAGAAUCAAUGACGCAGACGAAGCAGAUGCCGAUACGAAGAGAGAUGCCGUACAUUGUGCCCACCUUUGCCCUCCCCAGCUUGACUUUGUCGCGGCCGAGUGGGUGAAUUUGCACUCGCGCGACGCGCCGAGCCCGUUCCGUUACGACCCACACGAACUGUCGCUCCUGCAAACCGUGGACACGGCAGGGUACGACGUAGUGCUAGCACUAUCGCUGACCAAGUGGGUGCACAUCCAACAAGGCGACCGUGGGCUUUGCAAGCUGCUCGCACGCAUCUGCAGCGUCCUGCGGCCUGGCGGACACCUGUUUCUGGAACGGCAAGAGUGGCGGAGCUACCACUCUGCGCACGGCCUCGAUCCGACGAUGCGGCACAAGAUCAGGACGCUGCAGCUGCGGCCCGACGGCGAUUUCGAGUGGCUGCUCGACUCGCUCGGACUUAGGCUGGUUGAGACCAUCGGCUACGGUACGGGACUCGGCUUCUCACGUCCACUGCAGGUGUUUGCAAAGCGCAAAGAGGUGAGCGUGACGAUGGCCGAGCACUUUAUGUGCGAUUCGGAGGAGGGCUUGCCUUGGGCCGCGCGCUCAUCGGCCUCUCACGCAUAA